UGCAUAGACAGUUCAAACCCACACCUUAGUGCUGCUGGUUCACGCUGAAGAGCCGAGGCUGACUGAGGGUUUAUCUGUUCGAGCUGUUUCCUCUCUGGGCUGACGAAGCUUUCUUUUUCCAGUCAUGAAUCACACAAGUCGUCACACUGAAGGUAAACCAGAGGCCCGUUGAGUGUGACAGACUCAGACUGGAUCUGACAUCCAUGGAGUCCUAUCUGUCCCAGGUGUCUUCGCUGAAAGAAGACGACACUCCAGUUUACAUCCAGCCACAUUACAAAGAAUCCUACCGCCUGGCCAUCUACGCCCUGCUGUGUGGAGGCAGGGAGGCCUAUGACGAGUUCCUCCGAGCCGAGCACAUCAGCCACUUCCUGUCCGAGGAGGAGAUCCUGUUCAUUUUGGAGAAUGCAGAGUUACCUUUUGUGGAGGAUGACGAGGGAAAGCGGGCCAAGGACGCGCUCAGCCCCUCCACCUACUUUCCAAUCGAGUCGGACGAGGAGGUGCCCGACCUGGAGCUGGGAUGGCCCGAGGUGUCGCUGGAGGGCACCGACACGAACAUCAGCCUGCUGUUCCACCCGCCCAGACAGAACACACCGAGCAUCAAAGAAGUGGUGCGCAAACAGAUACAGGAGGCGAGGCAGGUUGUUGCCAUAGCGAUGGACGUUUUCACCGACGUCGACAUUUUCAAAGAGAUCGUCGCUGCCACGAUGAGGAGGGUCGCAGUCUACAUCCUGCUGGAUGAGACGCACUUCGGCAGCUUCGUCACCAUGUGUCACAGGAUGGGCAUCAACGUCCAGGACCUCAAGAACAUUCGUGUUCGGACGGUGCGAGGGCAGCAGUAUCAGUGCCAGUCUGGGAUGAAGUUCCAUGGAGAUUUGGAGCAAAAAUUUAUUCUGAUAGACUGCCGAACGGUGUUGUAUGGAUCAUACAGCUACACGUGGUCGUAUGAGAAGAUCAACCUCAGCAUGGUCCUGGUCAUCACAGGUCAACUGGUCUGCCAUUUUGACGAGGAGUUUCGAAGACUCUACGCCCGCUCUACAGCUCCAUCAGUUCAGUCCAAGGAGAGGUCAUCUGUCCAGUACAUGAGAGACUCUAUGAGCCUGCAGAGCCUAAACUCCAGUCAGCUAUCCCUCCACCAGAUGAGAUCCAGAGGGAUGCAUGGCAUGAGAAGCGCCCAGGAUGACAGGUUUCACAAUCCCAAAAUGUUGACCAGAGGCAUGAGCAUGCAGGAGAGGCUGCAUCAGUCUCACUGCCCUGACAUGGGAAAUCUGGUGCGGGGACACAGUUACAGUGGAGAACUGCAGAGGCUUAACUCCAUGACUCGGCUGAGGAUGGGAACCAAGGACAUCGGAGGCCACGUUACUCCAGAGAGGACUGGCUCUAACCUGAGGGGGAUUGGUGACAUACUGCUAUCAAACAGUUUGUCUCAGCAGCAUCUGAGGCACCAGAAUCUCUAUGGACCGGACCAGAAUCUGAUACCAUUCAACUCUGAAUCGUCACUCCACAGGUGGAAGAUGGACACAUACCUUAAAGAGAGCACUGCGCCUCCGAAUGCAUCAUGUGAUGUGAUUUCCCCUGUGACGUCUCCAUAUAGCAGUUACACGGGCUUAAACGAGCAUCAGUCUCAGCUGAUCCACAGUAGAUCAAGGGACAUUAAGUCCAGGAUGGACGAAACAAGACAAAAGAGGCUCAGCUUGCAGGACUACACCAGUCUCAGGCAGAGCCAAGAGUCCCUGAGGUAUCUGACGGAAAGACCUUCCUUUAUGUCCUCACUAAGAGGUCUGGACACGAAUGUGGCAGAAUUAGAAUCAAAUGCACAAAACGGUUAUGGCUUGGAAUCAUCCAACCACAAAGACAGUGAGCCAAAUAAGGAAGAAGUUCUGACUUCUUCUCACCGCUCUGCUUCUCACUACGAUGUCAAAAAGGUUUCAGAUCAAAAGAUGACGCAGACGUAUGACUGGCACGAGCCUCUCUCCAGGACAACCUCGGCGGGUGAAUUAGAUAUGAAACUAAAGGAUCCUUCACUGAAGCUCUCUCAUUUGCAGCCCAGUGGUCUCAGUAUCCAGCACACAAGAGCGAUGGAAUCUUUGAUCGAAAUCCCCGAAGAGAGAGAGGGUUCAAAUACACGCGCCAACAGUUCAGACUUCAUUGCAAUCAAUGAGGAGAUUCACCAAGACGAAAAACAUCUUCCACAGGAGUCCUAUAUGAAAAUGAGCUUACCUGCAGAAUCACAACAUCAGGAUCAAGCCAGAGGAAGCCAUGGUUCUAUUGCUAAAAUGUCCAGCAGCUCAGACUCUGUUACUCCAGGAGAAGGACAGAAAUCAAUAUGGGAUGAGACACAAACUGUCCCUUCCACAGGGUUCCAGCAUGCAGUGGAUGCUAAGAGCAGUCACAUGGAAAAAGGACAAACACAAUACGAGGAACAGACCCUUCAAAGGAAAAAUUCCUUGAGAAUGAAAGUAUAUUCGCUGCUCACAUCAGAUGACAAGAAAACAUCCAAAAAAGAGGAGAAGUCGCUCCAAAGAAAGACCUCAUUGAAAUCAAAGAAUCCGUCGGGAUUAAACCAACCACCUACCAACCAGCAAAGCAUCUCCAGUUUGCAUAACUCAGUCAGUGGGCCUUCAGAGACCGAGAAGCAAAAAUCUCCGUUCCUGAGACUAUCUACUCAGCGUUCAAGCAAAAAGAAGACAAACGUCUCAGCAGAGCAGGACCGAGGCUCUGGGUGCACUCAGGAAGGUGAGGGAGCGACUGUCUAUCAAAGAACGAGAGUCUACAGUCGAUUCGAAUAUUUGCUUACCACUGAAAAUGUUUCCAAAGACAGAGGUUCUUCAGCGAACCGGCCCGACUCUGGCCAUCCAGCCUAUCAGUCACAAAGUGGCACUGACAACAAACUGGGAAGAUUCAUGCAGCGAGUAGGAAAUCUUAUAGGCAAGAACAAGUAGAGUUGCAGCAAGAGAAGAAGGCCGCCAUGCUCAGGAAUAAAAGGCAAAGCUGGUGCACAGUGAAUCUGUUGUUUACUGAUGUAAUGUGUGUGUUCAGUGUGCAACCUUUCCCUCUGAUGGCUCAGGUAUCAGGGAAGUGCCUGUCCAAUUCCCUGACAUGGAAGUCACAGGCAGGGGGCGCUCAGGUGAAAAUAACAGCAAGUCAAGUUGUUUACCAGUGAAGUUGAAUCAGUUGAUGUGACAAAAAAUGAUCAAGUAAGAUAAAAUGUAAAACUGAAAAAUUAUACAAAAAUAUAUCAGUGUUUAUAGUGAAUGUGCUUGUUCCUUUCAAAGGUUGGUGAAAGUAUAAAUCUGGUGAGCUUUCAUAUUUUGUCUGUUCAUAACAAAUCCCAUGAAAAGACCAAAACCAAACAAUGAACUCAUCCCACUAACAUCCACAGCCUGGUUUCUGCUUCUGCACAUCAGUGAGCCCUCACUCUCAGGUCAUUUUGACUCAGUCCCACCUUGUCCUGCUGCCCCACAUAUACUCACAUGACGUGGAUUAGCAGAGGUUUGUUUGAACACCAGAGCACACCUGUGAUGUGUGUGCAUAUGUGUACACGUUUUGAAGGUUAUGUAGCCAUCUUUUCUGACAGAGCACUCAACGCAUGAGCUGACAGCAUGAAGUAAUCAGUGGACCUUAAAUGUCAAUUUGACAACUUUGACCAGGGCUUGUAGAUGUUUAUUAAUUUCAGUCUAGUUAUGCAAACUGUGAACAUUGUGAGAAACAAAGCAGUGUCAGAGGUGAGAGCCAGAAAGGAAAGUCAGAGAGAAAAUCAUCCAUUUGGGUCUUUUCAUGGAAUUUGUUAAUAAUAACAAACAUAAAGCACCACCAGCUUCGUCCUUUAGUGUACUUUUGCUUUGUCUGUUUUGUAAAAAUGUAGUUUUUCUAGUAUGGCUUAAUGUUGUGUGUUUGUGAUGAUUUUAUCAAAAAUGCAUUAAAGAUAUUCAUGCUUGUGGCACCUACGACUGUAAAACGGAGAAAUCCAGAUGUUUAAUAAAUAGAACAUCAGGACAACCACUUUGACUGUGUUGAGACAAAUGAGGUGUGACCUCUCUGACAUCUCCACGAGCAGGUUUCAUUGGAUCUACGUUUUACUGAAAAAUACUGUAGCUCCUUGGAUCUCAUUGAAGACUACUGGUUAUCCAAACUCAGUAGUUUAGUAAGACAUCGCCUCUGGAGAAAGGAUCUAUAUAAUAUGUACAUGUGACUUAUCAAUGUAGGUCACAGCAAAAUUCCACUGGCUUCAAUUGUAUUUGUACUGCAGCAGAAGAGAAUCAGAAAAAAAACCCCAAACACAUA